AUGGCCGCGCUGCGCGAUCUUUACGACUUGCUAACCACAAAAAACAUCGAGCAUCAAACGUUCGAAAGCGUCUCGGCGAUAGUCCUGAAACGGUUCACAAACAUGACCAAUUGGUUUCACGUCGGUUCAUCGCUCGCUUUGCUGCUGCUACAAAACGAUCUGAUGCAUCCUCCGCACCGGCUGGCCGCUAUCUACGUCCUGUACGACAUCCGCCGGAAGGAGCAAACGGAAACGCCGUUCUUCCUGUUCCUUGCACGUUUCCUAGAACCGGCCGGUGGUCUGUUACCGAACAACAGCAACCUAGCACAAGCGAUCGAGCUUAAAUUCAUACACGUGCUGCUUUCGAACGGUGAUCCCGAGAUCGAAAAGAAAUCUCCGCGGAUGUUCGCACAAGUGUUCGCCCUAAUAUCUCCACCCAUUGGGCCGAGUGAGCUAGCGUACGUCAAGGCGAAAGCGUCGGAACGGUUAAAAGAGCUCCCGCUGACCGUCCGGUCGAACGUUAUGAAUGUAAUUCCUGCCAUCCCGCCGCUGCCCGGUCGUGAACAACCACACAAAAACUACACAGGCGCGGCCGUCGAGGAGCUAAUUACGAGCAUGACGCUGCACCCGAGCAAUCCCCUCACAAACGCCCUCGCACCCACGUUAAUGUCCGUAGCGCCACCGCUGCUGACGUGCGAAGACGAGCUAAUAUGGCUCGAUCUGGGCAGCCCCUCGUACCACAAACCCGUCUACAACAGCUGCAGCGACGCGGAACCAACCCCCGACAAGUGCCUCCGGACGUUGCUCCAUCAGUCCUUCCGGCAGGCGCUCAGCAUUGCGGACCAACAGACGCUCGUCAACGAGCUGGAAAAGGACACACAACAAACCCACCUAUCCUGCGUAACACCGGAGAAGCUUCCAAAUUUAAUCGAGUACAAUCCGACGAUCGCGAUCGAGAUACUGAUGCGUAUGCUAAAAACGCGCCACAUUGACGCCUACCUGGAGGAGAUCGUCGGGAUGGAACUGUCCCUCCACUCGAUGGAGGUGGUCAACCGGUUGACGACGUCCGUCGACCUGCCGGUGCACUUUGUGCAUCAGUACAUCGUGAACAGCAUCGCCACGUGCUCGACGAUCAAGGACAAGUACAUGCAGAACCGGCUGGUACGGUUGGUGUGCGUGUUCCUGCAGAGCCUCAUCCGGAACAAGAUCAUAGACGUGAAGCAGCUGUACAUCGAGAUCGAGGCGUUUUGCAUCGAGUUCAGCCGUAUAAGGGAAGCGGCCGCGUUGUACCGGUUACUGAAGCAACUCGAACUGGACCAGGUUACGGCGGUCGGUACCAGCGGCAUCGGUGGUAACGGUGCUAGCGUUCCGGCGCAGAAAGAACCAUAA